CCAGGCAGAAGAAUGAGCGCCCGUCACGUCACACAGCAGCAGUGACAGCUGUGUGGAGUUGUGCAAUCAGUUGAUCUCACUAAAGAUUUAAACUUUUACAGUACUUCAGGGACUAAACUUGUUUUCUCUUUCGCGGAGCAUUAUGGAGUUGUUUGUCACGCUGAUUUUAGCGGGGCUUAUUGUCGCUUUGCUGUGGCUGUUAAGCCUGAGGAGCCGUAAACACGUCAGUUUACCUCCGGGACCGUCCGCCCUGCCUAUCAUAGGGAACCUGCUGCAGCUGGACAAAAGGGCUCCUUUCAAAACUAUGCGACAGCUCAGCGAAAGCUAUGGCCCUGUGAUGACUAUGUACAUGGGCCGUCAGCGUAUCGUAGUGCUGGUAGGGUAUGAUGCUGUGAAGGAGGCAUUGGUGGACCAGGCAGAUGACUUCAUUGGCAGAGGACCUAUUCCUUUCUUGAUGAGAGCUACCAGGGGCUAUGGUUUGGCGAUCAGUAACGGAGAGCGGUGGCGGCAGUUGAGACGUUUCACCCUGACAACGCUGAGAGACUUUGGCAUGGGGCGCAAGGGGAUGGAAGAGUGGAUCCAAGAGGAGAGCAAACAUCUGGUGGCACGCGUAAAUAAUACCAAAGCCACACCUUUUGAUCCCACCUUCUUCCUGAGCUGCACCGUGUCCAACGUGAUCUGCUGCUUGGUGUUUGGUCAACGCUUCAGCUAUGACGACGACCACUUCCUCUCCCUUCUGCAGAUAAUCGCAGACAUACUGAAAUUUGGCAGCAGUCCCUGGGGUCAGCUGUAUAAUAUCUUCCCUCGCUUGAUGGAAUGGCUGCCAGGUCGACAGCACGUGAUGUUUGCCAAAAUUGAGAAGCUGAGAGAUUUUAUUUUGAAGAAGAUCCAGGAACACCAGGACACGCUGGACCCCAGCUCACCCAGAGAUUACAUUGACUGCUUCCUCACGAGACUCAGUCAGGAGAAGCAUAUUCCCACAACUGAGUUCCACCAUGACAACUUGGCGUCAACAGUGUUGAACCUGUACCUGGCAGGAACUGAAACCACCAGCUCAACUAUCAGAUUUGGACUGAGUGUGCUGAUCAAAUACCCCAAAAUACAGGAGAAUAUGCAGCAGGAGAUUGACAGAGUGAUUGGACAGGAGCGUUGUCCUUAUAUGGAGGACAGGAAGUCCCUACCCUUCACAGAUGCAGUCCUCCAUGAAAUUCAGCGUCUAAUAGAUAUUGUUCCCAUGAACGUUCCUCACUAUGCACUCCAGGACAUCACUUUCAGGGGAUACACUAUUCCGAAGGAUACAUUAAUUAUUCCCUUGUUGCACUCUGUGCUGAAAGAGGAAAAACAGUGGGAGACCCCAUGGUCCUUCAACCCACAGCACUUUCUGGACCAGAAUGGCAACUUCAAGAAAAAUCCUGCAUUCCUGCCUUUCUCUGCAGGAAAGAGAUCUUGUGUCGGUGAGUCCCUUGCUCGCAUGGAGAUUUUCCUCUUCAUAGUGUCACUUCUGCAGCGUUUCACCUUGUCCUGUCCUGGAGGACCUGACAGUGUGGAUCUCAGCCCAGAGUACAGCAGCUUCGCCAAUGUGCCUCGCAGGUACAAGAUCAUCGCCACGCCCCGAUGGUAAUGAUUUACAGCAGUUGUUUUUGGGUACGAUCAAGGGUUAAAGGUUUGACCAAAUGUUAAAAAAGUUAUACCAAAGAUUAUAAAAAGGCUGUCUUGCUUUGAUUGUAUUUCCCCGUUUUUUUUUCCGAGUUUUUUUUUUAUGAUCCAGAAAUACAAAGUGAUCACACAAUUUAUCUUCUGUAAAUUGUAAAUAAUAUUCUAAAAUGAUCCCAAAGAGCAGAUAAAGUCCCUUAUUGUUAUGUUUUGCUUCCUCACUUGACUAUAUCUUUUACUCUGUGGGCUUUUUAAGGGGUUAAGAGAAAACAACAUUAAUCAUAUGAUGAUCACAUAAAAAGAAUUGUAUAUGAAUAGAUUUAAUGAUAAAAAGAAAUACUUGAAUGUUUUGCCCAAGUUCAAUCAGUCAUCUUGUGACCAACUGUAGAUUUUCGACAGUGAGCUAAAGCCAUUAUAUUGCUCUCUUCAAAGCCAGACUCCAUUAAGAAAUCAGUGAUCUCACGUCACUAAACACUGGAGCUGCUGGUCUACUGCUGCCUUGAUCAGUUAGUUUGCUUUUGUGUUUGGAUUCACCAAAGUCACACAAUAACACUAACUAACUGAGACAGCAGCAUACAAGUAGCUACCAUGUUCAGCGAGCCAAAAGUAAUGUUUUUGUCAGCGGAGUCUGGUGGCUUUGAUUAGAGCAUAGAUGGGUAACAGAAGACAUUAACGGCUUCCCUAUCUGAAGAAGCUGUUUGACAGAAAGGUAAAGCUGUGAAACUACUCUCAAUAUAGCCUACACUUAAAAUGGUGUAAAUUUUUUCAUGUGGGAUUAUUUUAGGUGCCUUUAACAUGCUUUGCUGCUGCCCCUGUCCAGAGUAGCACAUUUCUUAGCCUCCAUGUCGACGCUCCUGCUGCUUAAACUUGGAGCGUAUCACAUGCUUCUACUGUAUGUAAUACACUGACUAUGGACAGGCAUACAACCCCACUUAAAAAGAUCCAAACUAUCCCUGUGAGACCUGCUGGUUUACAGGCUGUAACACAGUGAUGUUUAGCAUGGAGAUACAUCUGUAAUUUGAUGAGUUCAAGGUCAGGUGAUCAGUCAGAGCUGUGUGUCUGACUGUCAGUGGGUUGAUGAGUGUCCCAGUGUAUCACUGUCUUGUGUCUAAGCAACAGAGUAAACAUCCAUGUCAGACUUUAGGGAUCGUUGUUUAAGACUGAGCCUGCAAUAUGUUAAGAGCUCAUCAUAUUACUUACGGUCAGCUGUUAUGGCAGGCUUUAUUGAACUUUGAUAAGACCCAGGAAGUUACACACAGACUCUACAGCAUUAUAUGUGCUAUUCUAUUAUAUACUCAUCUCUUUUUUUUGGUUUUGUAAUACAACAUUUACAACAUGUCUACUUUACCUUACCUUUACCUUUACUUUACCAGCUAAA